AAAAUACGAUUUUUUUUUUUUAAAUCAUUGAUUUUUAUCCACCCUGGUCUGUACACCCCAACAGGCAGUCAACUCAAGUGAAAAGCACCAUCAUACUGUAGUGAAGGGUUUUUGUGUAUGGACAGGACUAGAGCUAGGGGCAACACUCAAGUUAUAACUUGAGUUAACUCUGAAGUGAAGACAAGCCCUGGGUCUGUGAUCUCUUCAGAUCUUAUAAGCUAAGCCAGGGUCAGGCUUGGUUACCUAAUGCUGUAAAAAGUGCUGAUGGCGACUCUUAUGGUUCUCGGGAUACCCAGGACUGAGAGUCAUCUUAUUACCCUCUGCCUCCAGCAUGAGGGAGUCUUGCCUGUGCCUUGCUGGGCAUCAGCUCCCUAACACCAGCCUGUCAGCCACUGAAGCACUCUCCUCUGAGCUAUGCCAGUCCUGUCUUUACCUUUCAGAUUAACAGUAGGUGCAUCCUGGUCCCUGAAUCCCUUCAAGAGUUCCCCUGUGAUAUCCAGCCCGACACUAGCUACUGUCAGAAAUCCCAGAUCCGCUGCCCCCAAAGGCACAGUGUACUGCAGUUUACUAGUUUUACCUUAAAUCCUCUCCUCUAUAUAAUGCACAGCACUUAUGAGCACUUAAAAGAAGAUUAAGAAAGAAUAGAUGUUCCACUGGAAAUGAGAGAGUGGUGGAAACAAAUGGUUAAAAUACAAAGCAAAAUCCUAAAGGAUGAACCUGGGUCUAUGUUCAUUAAUAAUUACCUUUCCUAUCUAAAAAAGUAGGUGUCCCCCCCCCACUCACCCCCCAAAAAUGUACAGUCUGUGGCAGAUCUGGCUGGCUUCACAGACCAGGAUCCAAUUUUUCAUGAGAACAUUCCUGCGCCUCAAGAUGUUUCCUCCUCAGUCUUCUUCAUAAAGUGAAAAAGAUCAGUGGUUAACCUCACCAUUUCAUAAAGCAAAAUAGUAGAAGACUGAUACUUUUGUACAGGAGAGAACGACAACCUUGUGGGACUUCAACCAUUUUGUAAUAGAGACUGAAAAGGAACUUGAGUGAAAUACUGGUUUCCACAAAUGUUAAUGAAAAAGCCAAGUUCAGAGGGACGUUCAUAUAGUGACUUUGGAUGCACCUCAUGGAGGGAGUUUUAUAGCUACAUGAAGUGGUCAGUUCCGGCCUUUCUGUACUUUUUGGAUAACCUGAUUGUUUUCUAUGUAUUGUCCUACCUCCAACCAGCCAUGGCUGUAUUAUUCUCAAAUUUUAUCAUUAUAACAACUGCGCUCCUAUUCAGGAUAGUGCUAAAACGGCAGCUCUCCUGGGUGCAGUGGGCAUCUCUACUGAUUUUGUUCCUGUCCAUCAUAGCCCUGACUGCAGGGACCGGAAGCCAUCAGCACAGCUUGGCCACACACGGGUUUCAUCAUGACAUGUUUUUCAGCUCAUCAAAUCGCUGCCUUCAGUACACCAGGCCGGAGGAAGAGUGCUGGGGAGGAGACAACUGUACGGAAACAGGGUUCUUUCCCAGCUUCAAGUGGAAUGUCACUGCUACCACUGCAGGAGCAUUGAAACCUCUCCGCCUCGGCUUGGGCCAUCUGCUGAUAAUAGUGCAGUGUUUCAUCUCUGCUUUGGCCAACAUCUAUAAUGAGAAGAUCCUGAAGGAAGGGGACCAGCUCAAUGAAAGUAUAUUUGUGCAGAACAGCAAGCUAUAUGUCUUCGGGGUGCUGUUCAAUGGGCUGAUGCUGGGCCUGCGCUCUGAGAACCGUUGGCAGAUAGAGUACUGUGGCUUCUUUUAUGGCCACAAUGUGUUCUCUGUAGCUCUCAUUUUUGUCACUGCCUUCCUGGGGCUGUCCGUGGCCUUCAUUCUGAAGUUCCGAGACAACAUGUUCCACGUCCUGACUGCACAGAUCACCACCGUGAUCAUCACCAUUGUGUCCAUUGUCAUCUUUGACUUCAAGCCUUCUCUGGACUUCUUCUUGGAAGCACCUGUGGUGCUUCUUUCCAUAUUUAUCUACAAUGCCAGCAAACAUCAAGGCCUGGAAUAUGCCACUCAGCAGGAGAGGAACAAACUCCUCGGUGAGAUCUGGGAGCGAUCCAGCGGGGAUGGAGAGGAACUUGAGAGACUGACCAAAGCAAACAGUGACAUUGAUACAGAUGAAGAUGCCUUCUAGCAUGAGCUUGUGCAACUGAGUGCUGGGUAUUCUCCAAGAGAACAGUGUUGGUAUCUUUUUAAACUAUGGGAUAGUCUUUUUUCUAAGUGCAACAGUUAAAACUGUUUGGAUGGUUUUGUGAUUCCAGAGGAUGUGUAUUUUGUGUUUUUAAGUUGUGCAAAUAAAACACAGUUCCAAGAUCAGAAUAGGGUGUGUCCAGGUUUGGGGCUGGGAUGUCUGAUGAGGAAAAAAUGAGUAAAGCCCAUUGGAUUUCAGAAGUUGACAAGGAAAGCUAGAGAAUUAUCAGUUCGAGCCUUAUAUAUUAAGGGUUUUUUUCUCUUCUCACACUAGUGUAAAUCAGCAGUUAAUUCCAGUGAUAAUAAAAGUUGUAUAUGAGAGAGGUUUGGCCCUAGCUUAAUGAUUUGGGUCACAUGGGUGCUGUAUUAUGUAUAGUAAUCCAGAACACUCAGUGUCCUCAAUUGCACGUGUUUGUCUAUCAUACACUAGGGUUGUAUAGGGGUAAUAAUAUUUCUCAUUGGUGAAGGGCCUGAUCCUGUAAACCUCAGAUCCAUGAUCCUGAUUCAUUUGAGAAUAGUCCCAUUGAAUGGGCCCCUAACAUUUGUAAAGUGCUUUAAAGAUAUGAAGUGUUAUAUAAGUGCUAGGUAUUCUUAUUUCCAGGGCUACAUGUUCAUUGGUAUCGUGCACCCCUCUGCAAUUUGAUUAAGGGAUGAUUCCACAGCUGCAGAAUGAGUUUCCUCAUUUCUGCAGUGAUUUGCAGGCACUGCUGCUCCUAUGUGUCCUGUGGAACAUUACACCCAAUUAUAAAUAAUUUAUAAAUAAAUAAAUAAAUAUAAAUUCUGUUUGUUUGGUAACGUGAUAAGUGUUGCACAGUGGCAGAGAAGCUUUCCUGAUAUUCAGAAUACAAGCUUUUAAAUAAACAGAGGUUUCAUAUACUUUCCUUUGGGGAAGUAAUUUCAUUCUUACUCUACCUGGAAUUGCAGUUUGCCCAUCACAAGACAUCAGGGAUUUUCAUUCUAGUUCACUAUAAAAGUAGUUACCUUAUGUCCAAAUUCACUGUAAGUGCAUUUCACCAUAUCUGUAAAUACAGUGUUUUAAAUCUAAAAAGAUAAACUUGACCCCAAAUUUAGGUUUUUGUAAAAACAAGCUUAAAAAACAACAACCCUAAGAAAUAUUUCUGUAGUAUUAAAAAAAAUCAGAUUAAUGGGUUCUGUUUAGACCAACAUUUUUCUGCAUUGUUUGCAGCCCAGAUGCUACAAAACUGCGCUAGUGUGUGGGGUGGUCUAGAUCAGUGGUCUCCAAACUUUUUUGAUCACGCACCCCUAUCAGUAAAAAAAUUUUGACCACACACCCCCUGAAAAAGCCACUCGGACUCCCGCCUGAGCUGACAAAGCAAAAAAAAAAAAAAA